AUGAUUGGGUCGGUGUCCUGUGCUGUGCCGUACAUCCACUGCACACCCGAAAUGCAAAACCCAUAUUAUGGCUUCAAUUUAAAGCACAAAACCUUCUCUAAUGAUAUUGGUCGAAAGCGAAGACCCAGUAAUUCAGAGGACGAUGUAAUGGACGACUGUAUGGCAGCGAUGGUUCUGAUGAGUCUGUCGUGUAGUCCCAAAUCGCCUCGACUUCCUGAGCUAAUCAUAUACAAGUGCACUUGGCCCGGAUGUCUUCACCAAAGCGAGCACUGCCAACAAAUCGAGAAACAUGUCCGCACACAACAUCUCGGUCGAAGUGAUCUCAACGACGAGAGCAGCGAUCGAGAGGAAGAGUUUUACUACACAGAGAUCGAAAUCGAUGAGAACUCUGUGGGCUCGUCGUCGUCCAACUCGUCAUCAUCUCAUUCAGUCCCACAAUCGCCGUCGAUCUCCAACGACGGCAGUCAGACCGGCAGCCAAAGUCCCACUCCAUCGCCGCAAACGCACAUAUUCUUCGCCCAGUCGUCGUCGGCGCCGACGUUCAGUCACUUAGAGGAUCACGAAUACGAGCGAAGGCAACGCAACUCGGAUUUGGAUCACAAGAUCAUACAAUUCAAUAAUGAUCUAAAUUCUUUGAAUGGCAUUCAUAUUAAUGUCAGUAAUAAUAAUAACAUUAAAGCCAACAAUAAUACCAAUCAAACGAAUGUUAAUCAUAACAAUAACGGCACUAAUACUAACGUAACGCUUAAAAGCAAACAAAAGUCAUUGCUGUCGACCACUCCGAUCAACAUUCCGGGCAUAUCUCCGCUCUCGACGGGCUAUAGACCACAUCUACAUCAAUAUGCAACCAGUGCUCCACCGGUUUCGCUGCAAUCGCCGCGCGUUAACCAUAAAUACAUGCGACUCAACAGCAAUAAUAAUCGAGUCUCUAAUGCCAUCAAUGGUCUGAAUGGUCUGACAAUCGGCACAACAAUACUCCAGUCGUCGCCCAAUAAAAACUCGCCCUCAAAGCGAGGCCGAGGCGAGAGUCGUAAGUGUAGGAAAGUGUAUGGUAUGGACAACAGGGACUCGUGGUGUACACAAUGCAAGUGGAAGAAGGCGUGCACCAGAUUCACCGAAUGAUCCCUUCACUGACCACCGCAUCCAUCCAACGCCCUUCCCUUUCCUCCUACACAACAGAUACACACCAUCUCUAAAAUUCAUUGUCAAUUCAAUACCAUUCGCACAGAGCUAUACAUUUUGCGGUUUAUUAUUAGCGAUCGUUACAACUGUGAGUCAAAAACCAGAUUUUUCUCAUAAAAACCACAUUAAGAUACUAUUUAAAUAUUUGAUGCAAACAUAC